CGACGACAAACACUCAGCCUCGUCCUCGUGCCUCGUCCCAACGACUUCAGAAACCAAUAUCUCUCGGUUUAUUUACACAAUCCUUUCCCCACACGCCAUUUGAACAGUUCUACACCUCAGAUCUCACACCCCACCACACGACCACAGCUUCCCAAGCUCCAUCGUCAAUCUCGAAACCCUCAACUACCCCGCCAUGCGGCGAUAACCCGACCAACCUACCUCAUCACCACAACACCACAACACCCACCCCCCCCCUCCCCAAAAAAAUGCCCUACCCCUUCACCCUCCCCACCACCUCCCCCCUCCGUCUCCCCUCCCACUUCGACUCCCCCACCCACCCCUCCCUCCCCCAGCACACAUCCACCCUCCGCGCCCCCCUCCGCUCCUCUCUCAAACACCACAAGCGCCUUCCCCCCCCCCAACGCGCCUCUCACCUCCCCUCCCUCCUCAACACACUCGAAGCCUACUACCCCGCCCUCCUCGCCCUGGACGCCGGUCUCACCCCUUCACCAAGCCUCGACGUGGUGUUGACAUCCACCCCCCGCUUCUCGUGGCGCCCGACACUCACGAGCAGUUUACCCGGAACGAAGAGGCUGGAGCUGAGCUCCCUAGAGUACGAAGUCUUCUUCACCCUCGCCACGCUCUCAUACCUACACACCCUCCUCGCACGCACAGCCCUCCACCCCCUCUACACCACCACCGCCGCCUCCCCCACCCCCAAGGUCCGCACGACUCUAAUAACGAAAGCAACGAAACACCUCCUCCAAUCCGCACAAAUCCACCUCUACCUCGCCCAGCGCGCCGAUACUUUACGCACAACAUCGCCCCUCACACCCCCCGCCUUGGACAUCAGCCCCCCCACCCUCCGCGCCCUCUCCUCCCUCGCGCACGCGGAGGCGACGCUACUGGCCGUGUUGAAAGAUGACCCCUACCCCGCGGCCCUAGCGCAGGAGCGGAACGAGAACGACAAAGAGUGGAUGAUCCGCGCGCCCUCCAUCCCGAAGGUGCGCGCGCACUUGUUCGCGAGACUGUGUUUAGCAGGCGCCGCGCACGCGGAGACGGCUAGUAGUUUGCUAGCAGGGAACGAGGCGACGGAGGGGAAAUUGCUGGGGAGGGUGGGGGCGGGGAAGGUGGAUGAGGGGCUGGUGCGGUAUGUGGAUGACCUGCGCCGCGUGGGGAGGGCAAGGGCGUGUAGGUUCUUAGGAAUCGACCGUGAUCUCGACGGCAAGACGGGUGAAGCGAUCGCCUGGCUCCGCGCGGGUAUGGCGGAGCUAGGUCUCUCACCCCCCUCCUCCUCCUCCGAUGACGCCAGCGGCGGGAAGAAACGCAGCGGUCUAGGACUCAGCCGUCUCAAAUCCAGCAUCUCCUCCAAACGCGAGGAAAAGCGCGUCGAAAAAUCCGGUGACUGGGGCGCUGAUGCGGGGAAGGCGGAGGAGGCUAGGGUGUUGGCUGCGCUGGAAACGAAGUGGGUUAGGGAGAAUGACACCGUCAACUCCCAGCACAUACCCGAUCCGGGGGCGUUGACGGGGGAGAUGCCGAGUGGGAGGGAGAUUUAUACGGUUAAGGCUUGGGAACCGGUUGUGUUGGGGGGGGAGGAGUUGAGGAGGUUGAGGGGACCGCCUGGGGGGGAGGGAGGGGGGGAGGGGGAGGGGGGGAGUAGUGAUUCUGAGGAGGAGGGGGGAAGCGGGGGGAGGGAGGCGGAUAGGGUUGUGGUUGGAGCGUUUCCGGGGAGUGGGGGGUAUUAUUAG